AUGCCUCUACAUUCAAAUUCAGUUAUGACCCCCAAUCUUUUGAAUGAAGCAGGUUAUCGCAGACCAGGAUUCAAAGAGUGGAAAGCUGAAUGUUUCGGAAAAACCAAUACUUCCAAGAAUGUUUUUGUUCAGUAUAUCGACAAUGAUGUCUCAUUCAUCAGUCAAUGGGAUACUCCACGAACCAAAUACAAUGUAUCUGCUGUCACAACUCCAGACGUUGAAAGAUACACUCCUCAUGGUGGGUGUUAUGGGGCCUUGUUGCCUAGCUGGAACAGCCAAACUUUAGACCGUAACCCCCUAAACCCAUACCAACAGUUUUGGGCUUGCCAACUGGUUACAAGCUUACCAUAG